CAACAAGUCUUUAAUGGGACCCCAAGUGCCUCAUCUCCCUUUUCUCGCACGAAUCUUCUCACACCUGGCCAUGCCACAAUGGUUAUAAUACAGCUUCUUCUGUUGCUCAGUUUCUUGGACCAAAGCGAACAGGAUUUUCUGUCUGCUCGGCUUGGACGGAUCACUAGAGCCCCCUGCGCCCGGGGCCAGCCGUGUGACCCGAGACAACGGCGCGAUGCAGGGGGACGCGGCGGAGUGUACGAGCACCUCGGGGGAGCGCCGAGACGCAGAAAGCUUUACUGUGCCACUAAGUACCAUUUACAAAUACACCCAAAUGGGAAAAUAGACGGCUCGCUUGAGGAAAACAACCCCUAUAGCAUUAUGGAAAUCACGGCGGUAGAUGUGGGAGUGGUCGCCAUCAAAGGGAUAUUCUCGGGUCGAUAUCUGGCCAUGAACAGUAAAGGACGCCUUUUCGCAUCGGAUGUGUUCAACCAGGAGUGUGAGUUUGUGGAGAGGAUCCACGAACUUGGCUAUAACACGUACGCCUCUCGCCACCACUCCACCGUCCAACCAGCCGUAGGCGGGGGAGGGGCCAAACGUCGGGCCAGCGCCCAAAGGCACUGGUACGUGUCAAUCAAUGGCAAGGGCCGGCCACGAAGGGGCUUCAAGACUCGCAGCACAGACAAGGCCUCGCUAUUCCUUCCCCGUGUGCUGGGCAACAAGGACCAUGACAUGGUGAGGAGGCUGAGGGACCCAGCCAAUCAGGCAGGACCGGAGGGACAUAGGCCCCAAACCCAGGCUGGACAGCAGGGCCAUCGGUCUCAGACCCAGACUGGACAGCAGGGCCAUCGGUCUCAGACCCAGGCUGGACAGCAAGGGCCCUCUAGGCGCCGUGGGGAGCGGAGAAGGAGGCGAGACCGUGGCAGGAAAGGCCAGACCAGGAAGCCAGAUGACUGACCCUUGACCCCUGAAAUUCCCAAUCAACCCUAGAAGGCAGUGUCUCUCGACACAUACAGAACAGAAGAACGAAUCACAGACAUGACAACAUGUGUGCCUCUCCAGCAAGGGAACAUAUCUUGGACCUGAGGUGUCAGCUGAGUGCAUCUGAUGGACAAGGAUUGAACACAGGUCUUGAAUUGAGACAGGAACACAAAGAGUGCUGCAGCAGACUUGGCUCCAACCACUGUACAGAGCUGGUCUAGAGGCAGCAGACUGGUCUACAACCAGACGGACAAAGUCCUAACAGUCAGAGCUCAGGCCUGUGGUUAAGGUACCUCUGACAGUGACACAAAGACACUUUGAUGUGACGCCUGGUGUUUGUUGUGUACAUAGAAACUACUAUGAUGGGGACCAAAGUCAACACAGCUGGAAUCUGUCUCCUCUCUUCUAUCUGUCACCAAGAAAAGGAUGAGAAGUUAUCCAAUUUCAUUUCUACAAAGACAUACCAGUCAUGUACAUAUAUGUAUUUACAGUUACUUUGAAAUCAUGUUUCAUAUAUCAACAGUUUAAACAUGUUCAGUGAUUUUGAGUAAGAUCUGGACAUCCAAUAAGUGCUUACCAAUAACAAACAUUAUGAGCUGAAAGAUGGAAAAGGUUAUUGAAGAGUUGUACAACAUAGAAAAGCACUUUGUCCGAUGAUCGUAACUCAUGAUAGGAACAAGAGAAAUACAACAUGGGAAACAGACAUGUUUGUGAACUUGUGGUGUGAUAGUCUACUGUCUGAGGAGUACUUGUAUAUUUACUAAUGAUAUGAAUAUUUAUUUGUUGUUAUUUUUUAAGUUAUUGAUGAGAUUCUACAUGAGCGAUGAGAAUGUUAAUGUUGCGUAGUAUUCACUCACCAGUUGAACUCUGGUUAUUGUUACUUGUUACUACUGAGGCCACUGGGCUGGGCUGAGGAGUUACACAUCACUUUAUGUUGCUGACUGAUUCACAUAGAACAAAGUGGAGAACAUAUAUAAAGC